AUGACGUCUCCGUACCAACCGUCCAUGUCGUUCUCGCCGUCAACCGCUUCUACCGACCUGGCGGCGACGGCAAAUAAUGCUCGCACGGUCUCCGAUCUGCCGCAGUCCGAGGUCGACGCGAUUAUCCGCACAAAGCGCAAGGCUCGAGAGCCCAAGGCCUGUUAUCCCUGCCAUGCACGCAAGGUCAAGUGCGAUCGCAACCUCCCCUGCGACGGAUGCGUGAAGCGCGACCAUGCGGAUCUAUGUUCGUACGAGCGCCCGUCGAAAAAACGGGUCGCCAGCAGCGCUUUACUAGACAGCCCUCUAGGCGCUCUAGGUAUGGAUCGCACCGCAGCAGCAGCAGCAGCAGUCCACGAUGAUACCCUGAUCAAUGUGAAGAUGGAGAUGCCGCCUAGUCGGCCGAGUUUGCUGGGUGGUCUUGGUGCUGGUCUUGGUGGUGGUGGUGGUGGUGGCGGGGGUCCCGGACGGGUCUCGAUUCCACGCGAGGAUUGGGAGAAUGUGUGCAAUCGAUUGAAGGACAUGGAAAAAACAAUCUCUUCGCUGCGCGUGGGCUUGGAGAAGGUCGAGGAGGGCCAGGCGUCGGGCUUGGACACGGGCAGCGUGCAGAGUGGCGAUGCGAGCAGCCGCUCCAAGGGCGCGUCGCCGGAGCGAGAGGGCAUCCAUGCGGCCAACACGUUGGGCGAGGGCACCGUUCACCUGGGCUCGCGGUCCGUGCUGGCUUAUAUUCUCAAUAACAAAUCCGGGUCCGAUCAGCUGCAGGCCUUGCUGGAGGGUGGCAUUCUACCCAAGCUCGGUCUCGACAAUGAAUCGGCGACGUACCCGUUUGUCGAUCUGUGGUCCUCGGACAUGUCCCCCUUUGAUGUCAGUGCGGUCUGCGGUGCGCUUCCCAGCGAUCAACAGUGUAAAGAAUUCUUCUUUUACUACCGAGACAUCGCGGGAGCAAUCUAUCCGGUGUUGGAAGACGUCAACCAGUUCGGAGCGACCCUCGAAGUGCUCUUACAAAACAGAGCAUCCACGGGCGGGGUCUAUCGAGCAGAUCAAAACCAUGGCCAACGCCCGUUUGGCGUCAGCUUGUCGUAUCUGGGCUUGCUCUUCGCGGUUCUUGCCUCGGGUUGUCAAUCCUCUGAUCUGCCUAGCAAAGAGCGGGAAUUGACCUCCCAAGUCUACGUUUGCUGUUCCUACCAAUGCCUUCGAAUGACCAAUUUCUUGUCCCAGCCCACCAUCGAUGCCAUUCAGACUCUCCUGGUGAUCGGCAAUGUGCUCUCGUACAAUAUGAACCCUGGUAUCUCAUAUGUUCUCCUAGGAAUGACAUUACGCAUGGGUUUGGCUCUUGGUCUUCAUGUGGAAUCGAGCCGGUUUUCGGAAGCCGAGCGCUACCGUCGACGGCAUGUUUGGUGGUCGAUGGCAUGGCAGGACAGUCAUUUCUCUUUAUCUUACGACCGACCGUCCACCACAGCCGUCAGCCAACCGGACAUUGCGUAUAAGCCCGGCUCGAAACCCGGCGAGCUUUCAUAUUUUGAGACCCUUUGCCGAAUUAUUUCGUUGGCGUUGGAGGUUGUCCGGAGCCGGAUGCUCAGCCCGCAUUCGCGAUUGAAUGUCAAAUCCAUCCAAGCGUACAACGACAAGAUCCAACAGAUCAUGAUCGAAGCAAAACCGCAUCUGCGCGACCGGAAGUAUUGUCUUACCUCCACCGAUCACCUAGAGCGGGUGGUCUUGAAGUUGCACUCGUCCUAUUUUUCGUCUGAGCUAUGCCGGCCGUCGCUCAAACCGACUGUGGAUAUCCACGACCCGGCUACGGCCCAGAUGCGCAGCGACUGCGUCACCAACCUCAUCAUCACCGUCGAGGCAUACAUCGAAAUGCACACAAUCAGCUCGCACGCGUCGCGUUCGUGGAUCGCUCUCCAAAGAGCCAUCAGUUCUGCGUUCCUCUUGGCCGUUAUUGAAGAAUGUAAAUCCGACCCCCAUGUCUGGUCCCUCCUACGCCAAUUGGAGGCCAUCAUCACCGAACGCGCCACCUCCGAGCGAGAGUAUGCAACAACCACCACCACCGCCGCCGCCGCCGCCGCCACUACCACUACCACGACGACGGACGUGGGUGGCACGAUACCCGGCAACGGCACCUUCAACACCAUCCCGGGCAUCACCAACACGACCGCGCCCGGCGACUUCAAUCCCGCGAAUGUGACUAUGACUUCCUCGGUGCCUGCGUCGGUUGCGGCAGACACACAAACCCAAUGGGCCAAGCCGCUGACCAAAACCCUACAUGCCCUGCAGAAGCUUAACGCGGCCUUUGGUAACUCGAGCUCUCGCAUGAGCGGUAGCGGUACCUCCUCAGGGUCGCCGGCCUACCUAACACAUACGGGCCCGGGAGUCGGCGCCACGAAUACAACCCACACCACCACGGCGCCAGGAAUCAGCAAUCUCAUGCCACCUGUUUCGGCCGGCAUGGCGUCCACAACAAACAUGGGCUCGCUUCCUCCUCCAACCCCCGAGAGCUCGUCAAGCAGCGAAUGGACCAUGCCCACCCUGUUGGACCGCGCCGCUGAAUACAUUCACCCGCCAUUAUGGGGGUAG